AUGGCUCCAUCCAUCAUCAUGGUCUCAGGCUUCACGACCACAAUGUUCGUCCUUCACACCAUUUCUGGGACAGUUGACCAGCUUAAAUGCCUGCAGCUGCCCAAACACGCCGAGACGGGUGUAACACAGCCUUUCAUUUUACAGUCCCAAUUGUAUAGCAGCGUGAAGGACAGGACACAAGUUGAUAGAGAUUUGGAGUCACUGAAGAAAGACAGAGUACUCCGUGUAUUCAAACUCAAUACUGGGCAGGAUGACCAUGCAAUCAUGUUCAUGGAUGAUUAUCUGAAACAGAUGGAAUCUGCUGUCAGGGGGUCAACGGGCAAAAACCAAGAUGGUAGUGAAGUGUUUGAGUGGUUUGAGAAAUAUGUUCUGCAUUCGAAAUUGGAUGUUAGCAUAGAUCACCUAGAGAUGUGUUCACUGCUAUCACAUGGGGGUGAUGCAAGAGAUAAACACAUCACCCUAUUGAUGAAUGCUGGUCUCCUGACACGUCAACUAAUAGAUCCAAAUAUGUACUGGUUUUCUAUUCCAAGUAUUGGUCCUAUCUUGAAAGGCCUAUCCCAGGGGAGGAAGGAAGUUCUUUCAUUACUGAACCGUCGGAAGUACAAGGAGAUGCUACUAUCUUCACUGGAGAAGACGAGGUUGAGGUUAUCACCUCUCGACGUGCGGUUCCACCUCCGCGAUCUGAUUGGGUCUGGUCACAUAAAGACGGUUCAAACACCCACCGGCUUACUUGCUCGCGUGUCAACAGAUUGAUAGACACACCUUUGGAUCGAUUUUUUUAGCAGUUUCGGCUUCUUCAGAAAAGAACACCGUUUUUCUGCUGAGUCAGCAAAAAGUAGUCAGAGUUUAUUUUAUUGGUUCCUGCAUUCUUUAAGGUCAAUUAGUAGGGUGUAUUGCAAAAAAGAAAUUCUGAGAGGUAUUCUGGUCUUGAUCUGAUUAAUGUUUGUAUAGUAAUGGCGAUGAAAUGCUGGAGCU